ACUUAUGUUCUGGGUUUCAACCGCGUGUUCGCGUAUUAAGUGUGGUAAACCUGUCAGACCAAAAGGACCACAGGAAAAAAAGUGUUACAGUUGUAGGUGUGUAUUGUAACACAAGAUUCAUGCACAGUGUUGCUUCUCUUGUGGUUUGUAUUGUUCAAGUCCAGACAAAGGACGGUAGCAUAACUGAAGGAGUUUUCAAGACAUUUUCUCCCCAGAUGGAGCUAGUGCUGGAAAUGCCAUACAAAGUGGAUAAAACUCUCAGUAGUUUUAUUAACAACUUUAACACUCAAGAUUAUGCACCUGAACAACUUAUUUUUUAUCUCGAAGAUGUUGUAUUGGUUAACGCUGUGAAUGUAGACUUAGACUAUGCAACCAAAGGUAAAGGUUUCACAGACUCUUCAAUAAGAAAAUUUAAUGGCCAGAUUGUGGAGAGAGAGCUCGAGCCAUGGGAAGGACCACCAAAAGUAUUUGAUGGGACGGUCUCUCUAGAAUCAAAUGAAGAUACUAAAAAUGAAUGGGAUCCUACUGAAAUGUUUAAAACAAAUGCUGAAAAAUAUGGAGUGACAUCAACAUACGAUAGCACCUUACAAGGCUACACCGUACCUUUAGAACGAAAGAACACAGAAGAAUAUAAAAAACAAGAAACCAAAGCUGUGAAAAUAGCCCUAGAAAUAGAGAAUACUCAACAUCAUCAUGCAAGAACAGCUCUAGAAAAUGGUGAUGAAGUAGAAAGAUAUAGUGCUGUAAUAAGGCCUACAGAAGAAUCAUGCAAGAACAGCUCUAGAAAAUGA